UCCUCGCUUAAAAAAAAAUAAGCUCGCCGCUCGUCAUCAUUUGUCGCCGGAUGUUGUCAGUUUAGUUCCGAGCGGCAAAUUCAAGAUGGAUUUAAUGAGGAGCCUCCAAUUCCUAAAAUUAAAUCACAUUCCACAAGACUGGGUGGAGGACGUGUGGGACGCAGAGUUCACAGAGGGAAAACCACUGGACGACAGUAUACAGGACGAGCUGACAGUCGGUGCAGACAAGGCUUUCAGAAGCUUGUUCCAGUGUUUAUGGGUCCAUGCUUCAGACCAGCAGCAGUCUGCAACCACAGAUGAUGUUUCACAGAGUAUCUGGAUUAUUCUUGGGAAGAAUGAGGUGUCGAUCAAGUCUCUGGUGGCCACGCUGUCCUUUUUUGUUCUGGCAGGAAAAGCCAAAACGGCCACCGUCCAGCAGAGGGUACUUGGUCUGAACGCCGCCUCAGUCUACCUGCUGCUUUUGGGAAUCCCAGGGAGCAUCGCCCACAAGGUUUUCCAUGAGGUUUUGUUGGACACGUGUUUAGACUUGACCUGUCACUGCUGGCCUCAGGACUCAGGAAAGAAGCGUAAGAAGGGUGGUCUGAAGGCCUCUCAGGCAGGAGGCAAACGUGCCAAACCAAAGCGGAAAGAUGCUCCAGAGAUGGAAGUCGAUGAGGAUGAGGAGGAAGAUGAGCUGAAUUUCUCCGGACAGGACUUGAUGAAGAUCAGAGAUGCGGUGGUUCUCCUGGUUCAAAGCCUGCUUAGACUCCUGCAAACAUUUCCACUCAAACACAGACCAGAGACUGCCAGCAACUGCACGCAGAUCUUCAUUAAGCUGCUUUACACUGAGCCUGUCAUUGGAGAGAUCCGGUUUGCUGUUGAACAAGAUAUCACCGCGCUUAAGAGUGUUCCUGAGAUGGCUUUCUACGGCAUGCAGCUGCUGCUUUCACCAAAACAUGGAGACCAGAAAGAAGCCCUGCGGAGCAUUUUCCACCGGCUUCUCUAUGUUAUCCUGAUGAUGAAUGAAGGCGAUGGAAGCAAUCCGUCCCUACUCGUACCCAGCCAAACCAUCCUCUCCACCCGCAACCAGGCCAUCCAAUUUGUUUGUCAUAUUGUGGAUGAGCUGAAAGAGCUUGGGCUGCCUUUUCUGCAAAUCCUCCUUCAGCAUAUCUGUAUCAAGAUGGUGGAGAAUAGUGAGUUUCGAAGCCAUGGAGCCCAGGCUGUGGCCAUGUUGACAUCUCACAUGGCCAGUCCAGACUAUGCCUGCUUCAUCAAGUGGCUGUAUGACUACUCCAGACACAAAAAGAUGGUGUGUCGGUUGUUUUCUGUGGACGUUGUGAUGGUUCUGCUGGAGCAGACAGAGAGGAGUUCAGAUGAGUGUCAGGACCCGGAGCUCUCCUGCUUCCUGCCACACAAGUUCCUCAUCCAGAACCUGCUGUUUGCUCGGCGGAAGGACAUCUCACCCACUGUCCAAGGCCAUGCCUUCAAUUGCCUAGCCCAGUGUCUGGAGCUGCCUUCCCUCAACGUCACCAGAGCUGUCCACACCCUCUUCUCUGGAACCCAGACAGUGCUGGAAGCUGAAAUCACAGAAGGAUGUUCCCAGCAGACUGGGACAACCUACCAUGCUCUGCCAUUCAGGACUGUGGAGAUCAGCACCACUGAUGGCUCAAACUGUGAGGCAAAGGAGAACCUGGCUCUUCUUCUGCAGCGUGUAUCAGACUCCAGUAUUAACGUGAGAAAGGCUGCACUGCAGGCCAUGGUGGGUCUCCUUAAACACAACGUUAUCCCAAUGAGCUGGGAAAUCCUGGAUAAGGUGUCAGAGCGCAGCAGAGACCCAGCUCUGUCUGUGAAGAAGAAGGCCCUGCAGUGUGUAGGAGAGCUGCUCACUGCUGCACCAGAGUGCAGUGUGGUGCAGAAGGCAUGGCUGCAUGGUGUGUUGCCUGCUGUGAUGGACUCUGACGUGCAGGAGAAAGCCCUAGAAGCUCUGGACCUGGUGCUGCUCAGCCAGGUCAAACAUUACUCUGCCAGCCGCCACCUGGAUGCUAGUCAGAGGCUGACCUGGGACCUAGUAGGACAGCUGUGUCACGACUGCAAGAACCUCAGCCGAUAUUUCAGCAUGGCUUUCACCAUCUGGUCAAGACGGAACAAGCUCACACAGGAGCUCAUGACCAACCUGAUCUCACACACUGAAGCUGAUCAUAGUGCUGGGGCAUGGCUGAUGCUCUCCAAGGUUGUCGCUUCAUCCCCUGGACUACCCUACGGGAAGAUCCUAGACGCCUGGGAAGGCAUGUUCAGUUCAAAGGAUGUAUCUGUUUCAACCCGCUGUCACAUCCUGUCUGUGAUGGGAGACAUUGCAGCACAUUUGAAUGAAUUUACCAAAGACAGGAUAGUUGAUGACCUGAUGUCUCGAUUGAAGACAUUUACUUUGUCUCUGGAGGAGAUCUCUGCAGCUCUUCAGGCUCUUUAUCAAUAUGGCUGCAGUGAAAAUGUCAAACAGACUCAGGGUUUUCUGAACCGGCACUGUGGCGAGCUGGUGUCUGUGUGCGAGGCGUAUUUAGCCGGCAUCCUCCUGAAAGAACAGGGAACCCAGAACCUCAAUGUGGAGCUGAUGGUCAAACACAUCCACACUCUGGGAGUGGCUUCUCUCCAUUGUCCUGCCAAGGUUGGCAAAAGGACAGUGUUGCUGGUGGAAUCUCUCCUCACGGAUUCUGUCAAACUGGCAGAGAACCAGGAGGAGCUACCAGCAUCACUGCCUCUGUCCCAGUUCAAAGCAAACUGUCUACCCACCAAAGUCAGAGCCCACGGAGUCCUUGCUUUAGGUAAACUUUGUCUGCAGCAUGAGGAUCUGGCCCACAAGUACCUGCCAGUGUUUGCCAGGGAGCUGGAGGUUGGCACGGAGGUUGCCGUGCGCAACAACGUGAUUGUGAUUAUGACUGAUCUUUGUGUUCGAUACACCAACCUGGCGGAACACUACAUCCCCAACAUGUCCAGUUGUCUGCGAGAUAAUGAAGCCAUCGUCAGGGAGCAGACUCUCAUCAUGCUGACAAAGCUGCUGCAGGAGGAUUUUGUGAAAUGGAGGGGCUCCCUCUUCUUUCGCUUCAUGAUAGCACUGGUUGACCCAGUCCCUGCCAUCGCCAGUGUGUGCGAAUACUGCCUGUUCCACCGGCUGCUGAAGAGCAACCCAGAAAUGUUCAGCAAGCACUUCAUUGAGUGUAUCUUCCACUUCAACUCCUACGACAAACACAAGUCUUACAACCAGUUCCCUCAAAGUGACAGAGAUAAGGUUCGCUUCUCCCUGAAAGGAGCUCAGCACCGUGAGAAUCGCUUUCGGAUCUACCGCCUCAUGUUGGAGCACUUCACAGAUGCCCAUCGCUUCAACAUCACGAUCAAGAUCAACCAGAACAUUUUAGAAUGCUUUGCAGAUAAGGAGCUGCCUCUGGAUGCAGAUGGUGCUGAAAUUCUGUCAGAGACCUUCAGCAUCUUGAGUCUGAAAGAGAUGAAGCUGCAGGCUAUAUCUGCUCCAACAGGAGGUGCUGCAGGGGAGGAACUAGAGAACAGGGCCACCAUGGCUCAGGCUGUCAUGCAGGCUACACAGAAGAAGCUGGCGUCACAGGUCCGGAAGAAGGCCUUCAUAGAGAACACAGUUCCUAUCAUCAUCAGCCUGAAGAACCUGCUGGAGCAGAAACGCUCCCCUGUCCUGAGAGACCUCAUGACCUACCUUCAGUUGACAAUGCAGGACUACCGUGAUGAGGUGAAGGACUUCUUCUCCAAAGAUGAGCAGCUGGCGCUUGAGGUGGAAUAUCUUCUGAAGACGGCUGAAAGGGAAAAACAGAUGGAAGAAGAGAUGGAAAGAGAGAUGGAAGAGCGGAUGAAGACGUUCAGCUUGACAGGAGACACCAGGACUCCCACUGCACAGCGUUCAGUCCAGGGCACUCCCGCCAGGUCGCCGGUUGGACAUCAACUGCCACAUCCAAACGUCUCGUCUAACAGACUGUCACACACUGACAGGAGUGUGCACAGAUCCAGGCAGGAGGAACAUGUCCCCUCUCAGCCACUCGCUCUGGAAGAAUCAGUGGCACCACGAAGAGCCGUGGGUAACAGAGUCAUCAGCACACCGAAAGAUGUCAGCAUCUUCAUGAGUUUUCAUGAAGAUAUCAGCAGAAUCGUCGGUGACCAAGACUCAAGUGUUGAUGGAGAGUCCUCUCUCCUUCACAUGCGUCCAGUUGAGCAGCAAACUCCUGGACGCCAGUGGAACGUGGAGUCUCCUCUCCGUCAAAAGAAAAGAUCAAAACAGUAGUUAACAUUGAGCUUCACUGAUAUGUUUGUGGCUGAUAAAUCUUCACCUUUUGUGGCAAUAUCUGUGGUGUCUUUUUUUCUAUGUUCUGCUUUUUAACCAAGUUAUUAUUACUGUUGUAUGGAAAUAAAAUGAAAUGUAUUCAUAUUUUAAA